AUGACAUCGAUUAUUACUUCCAUCAAGGACCUCAUUACCUCCAUAUUCGAGGUGAUAUUCUCUAUGGUUAAGAGUGCGCUGGAUACGGGGUAUCAGCUACUCCUGGCUUUUGUCGACUUCUUCGCCGGUAUUCCUAAGAUGCUACAGCACCUGGUAAAGGGAAGUUUGGAAGCCACAGGCGGGGUCGGGGCAUUCAUCGCCAGUAACAUCGUCGUUAUUGCUAUUAUCGCCCUUGGCAGCUAUGGCUACCUGGCAUAUCUACGCCGUGAAGGUCGCCCAGUCCAGGCUGGGACCAAGAAAUCGAAUUAG